AUGUUCCGUGUUACCAUCGUUCCCUGGUGCCAAUCGCCAAACCGACUCCCAACACACGGAUUGAUCAAGACUCGCGCCCUACUCCAUCCACCCUCGCUCCCUUUCCUUGCUCACCCCCGCCCCUCUUACCCUUUCCCCUUAGUUCGCCCAUCCCUCGCAUCCCUCCCUCUCCACCUCCUCCCCCCCCCUCUGCAGAACACGCGCGAGACAGCGCAGGCGAUUAAGCACAUGGAUCUCACCGGGGCUCCCCCUCCUCCCCCUCCCCCAUUCCCGCAGGCGAUCAAGCACAAGGCGAAGCGGUUCCUGGAGGACGUGAUCGCGCACAAGCAGGCCAACACGCGCGAGACAGCGCAGGCGAUCAAGCACAUGGAUCUCACCAAGGCGAAGCGGUUCCUCGAGGACGUGAUUGCGCACAAGCAGGCCGUGCCGUUCCGCCGCUUCUGCGGCGGCGUGGGGCGCACGGCGCAGGUGAAGCUGGUGCACACCAACGGCCAGGGCCGCUGGCCCGCCAAGUCCGCGCGCUUCCUGCUCGACCUGCUCAAGAACGCCGAGAGCAACGCCGAGGUGAAGGGGCUUGAUGUCGACUCCCUCCACGUGAGCCACAUUCAGGUCAACCGCGCGCCCAAGCAGCGCCGCCGCACGUACCGCGCGCACGGUCGCAUCAACCCCUACAUGUCGUCCCCGUCCCACAUCGAGUUGAUUCUCUCAGAGAAGGAGGCGGAGGUCAGGAAAGAGGCUGAGGAGGGUAUCCGCAAGACGAAGAAGCAGAGCAGGCUCGCAAACUAA